AUGACCGUUCUGCGCACAAAGGACCUUGAGCCGUUGUAUCGGCCAUGUGUGCAUCCUCAGGAGGUUGCGCCACCCAUGCAGCCGGCCCCUCCACCGAAGCACGAGACUGCCGAUCUUGAAGGAGGUAAAGUGCUGUUCAAGAAAGACAUCGCGAUCACGAUGCGGGAUGCCGUCCCGCGUGACAAGUUCCAGAACAUGGAUGUCGACUUCGGCAAGCUGAGCAAAUAUACUACAUGGGAGCUUCCGGAUCCUCUGCGGUGGUGUGGCGAGUUUGGGUUUUCCAUGCUGUCAGUCGACCCGCGGGGAACCUGGUGGUCCGAGGGCGACGCAAACCAUUUGUCGCCUGAGGAAGGUCGUGAUGGGUAUGACAUUGUCGAGUGGGUGGCCGAGCAGCCCUACUGGUCCUCCUGA